GCUGUCGCUGUUUGGGUUUCUUCAGCGUUUGUGUGGUUAAAUCUCCCAGACUCGUGUUUCUGCUUUCUAUCAUGCUUUAUUCUCGACACUGACUGCUCUCCGGGUGUGUUCAGAUGUGUUUGCUAUGGAGUCUCCAGCGCUGGAUGAUGAUAUCUGUAUCCUGAAGCAUGAGACGGCGUACGUCUCGCCCGAGAGCCCCGUGUCCGCGUGCGCCGGAGACGAGUCGGUGGCGUCUCACUUCGCUCUGGUCACCGCCUACGAGGACAUCAAGAAGAGACUCCGAGACACGGAGAAGGAGAACGGCCUGCUGCGCCGGAGAGUCAAGCAGCUGGAGGACAAGGUCUUACUCUCAAGCUUUCAUUUCCGUCCUGAAGCGCCUCCGUCUGAAGGACCGCAGUACAUGAACAAAGCCUUCAGCGCGUACCGCGGCAUCUACAUCGAGAAGGAGGACUUACAGAUGGAGCUCAAUAAAGUGAAAAAGGAGAAGCUGGAUUUAGAGAGGCUUCUGAAGGAGCAGCUGCAGGCCAAAGAACUGGAGCUGCUGCAGCUCAGAUCAGAGAUGGACACGAGCCAAGUGAUGAAGAGUCUGACUGAUACGGCAGAUUACUGGCAGGUGGACAAACGCAGCAGUGAAAUAAAGAUCCACUCGCUUCAGGAGCAGCUGGACCGCUUACAGAUAGAGAAUGAUGCGCUGCACAAGCUCUGCAGGGCCGGACAGGAUGUCUCUGAAAACUGUGUAGUUGAUGAUCAGUCUCUUGAAGCUCUGACAGACUUCAGGACGAUGGCCAUCGUUCAGUCGUAUCGGGACGUCCUCAGUGAAGUGUCCCGUUUGCAGUCAGUCGUUCAGUCGCAGUCAGAGCUGGUGAAGAAGAUGAGAGAGAGACCAGCGCCGCCUGUCUUCAGAAGAGCUGCUUCAACUGUUCCAGUGCAGUGCCUGGACGACGUGCAGAAGAGCAGCGUCCCUCGUCCCCCCAGCGCGCCUCCGCUGCCCUCGACUCCAGACGGCCUGCAGGAGAACUGCCUGAAGGACCCUUGGACCGUCCCUCGUCCGGCUCCGCUGGGUAGCCCCGGCGUGCGGCUCAAUCCCACUCUGCGCAUGAGCUCGCUGGACGACAGCUCCUGGUCCUUCCCCAGCCCUCCCCGUCCAAGCGACGCCCUGUUCUGGGACCAAACCAAGCCCAAGAGCCCCGCCGGCGACUGGGCCCAACCGCACUGAGUCACGCUCCCGCCACACCACACCUUACCUGCCUUAACACACACGUCCCUCUCUGGAUGAUCCCGGAUGAGCAAAUACCUCGAGCAGACUGGGACGGAGAAACCCACGCGGGACACCAAACACCCGAGAGCCGGACGCUGGAAUGGACGCGUUCCUGACGUAUAUUUGUGAUUCAUUAUAUCCUAUAGGCUUGUGUUCAUCUCGAGUCGAUUCUAUUAACCGUGACGGAUCCUGUCUCGUAUUAUGAACGUGUAAGGGGAAUGUUUUAGUAGUUCACGCACUCCUCGAAGGAUUUUUCUUUAGGAACACAUCUGUCGUGUCUUUAUACCCAUAUACAGCUGUUCAAACCCCAAAUCAGGGGAAACAAAGUUUUAGUGUUUAGAUUUAGUCAAUAAAUGAGCUGAUCUGUGGGCAGCGGGUGUGUUUGUGCAAGUUAUUUUGCUUUAAACGGGGUCUCGCAGUCAACCUGAAAAUUUGCAAAUUAAAAAGUCUUUCUAUAGUAAAUGAUCGACUUUUUUUAGGGGCAGAGAACUUACUGUAUCCGUUAGUUUUCUUCCUCUGCUCUUGAGUCUAUGGCAGCCCACAGAACCGCUUGCGAGAAAGUGAUGAAAUUUGGCACACAGAUAGAGGACAGUCUCAACAUUAACCAUAGCAAAUUUGGAGUCUCUA